GAAUCCUACCGCAAGUCGCUUAGGUGCGGGUAUCGAAAUAAUAUCCCCCUGACAAGAUUAAUAAUAGCAUCCACUCCCCCCGACCCGGAACAAAUGCCGUCGGAGGUGCCCACCGCAUUAUUAACAGUCUAUGCCCCCUACUACCUGCUGAUUACUGCUGCUAUUGAUCUGAUCCCGGCCCAGGGUGGUAUAAUCCUCGGAGACUUUGCCGUUCUUGAGAUCCGUGUCCGCGUUGCUAUUUUGGAUAGCUUGCUUAUUUUUUUUUGUCUGAUGUAGUAUCAAACUAUCGUGUGAAAUGUUGCACCGAUGG